UUACAUUUUCUCCACUAAUCCACUUAGUUUUGUUCCCGACUGUAUUUCGGAUCAGAAAAGUAUUUAAUCAACCAACCACCCAUUAUAUUAAUAAAUCUCGAUAUCAAAAGCCAUGCCGACUAAUUCCAUAAAACAGAAUGCAAAGUGCCACUGUUCGUGCUAUCUAUUAAUGACGAAUAAAAUGAAAAUAAAAUUUCUUUUCAGUGUGUUAUGAAUUUUGAACUGUGUAAGGGCUAAAGGCACGACUCGUAUUAUAUCUUUCGUUAAUUAUUCUCGAAAUAAAUUCUUGCAGAGUAACAUGGAGGCACCGGACAAAAUUCAAGAAUCAGCGACGCUGCUCGAUCUGUUCAAAACGCCACGGUUGGCGAGAAACACUAUUCUUCUAGUUGCAUUCUGGUGUUUCACCCUGAUCUCGUUCGACGGUCACGUGUAUUCAUUAAAACUUAUCCAGAGCUCGGUGUUCGUGUCGUUCUCGAUCGCCUGUGCCACAGAACUUCCAGCUGGGUUAUUACUCGCCCUGUUGCUCGACCGAUGGGGUCGUAGACUCUGCGGAUUUCUCACGAUGGCAAUGACCUGUGUACUCAGUAUCGCUGAACUUAUGCUGCAUUCCAUGCUCGCGAAAUUAGUAAUGUCAAUAUUGUCGCGAUUCUGUCUGAACAUGGCAGCCAAUGUUGGUCUUCAGUAUGCAGCAGAACUUCUGCCCACGCCAGUCAGAUCGCAGGGCGUAUCGUUCAUUCAUAUUUUCGGAAUAGUUGCACACUCUUUGGCGCCAUAUAUCACUGACUCGGUAAAUAAAUAUUUAUACUACUAUUGUUGUUACAACAUUUUUGAAACACCGCUAAGCACAUCCACGUUCAACUUCUCUUUAAUUUAUUCCAAAAGAUACAAUAAGCGCUAUUAGAAAUUAUGAAAAAGUUCUCAUGUAAAUUUUCUCAUGAAAAUGU